UUCGGAUUACAACUUUACAAGAAGAAGUAAAAAACAUUAAAAACAAUCUUGAAAGAGUGGAAGCGGAAAGAAAACAAGCACAGGAUAUGCUUAAUCAUUCAGAAAAGGAAAAGAAUAAUUUAGAGAUAGAUUUGAACUACAAACUCAAAUCAUUACAAGACCGGUUAGAACAGGAAGUAAAUGAACACAAAGUGACUAAAGCUCGGUUAACUGACAAACAUCAGUCAAUAGAGGAGGCAAGAUCAGUUGCAAUGUGUGAAAUGGAAAAAAAAGUAAAGGAAGAAAGGGCAGCCAGAGAAAAGGCAGAAAAUCGAAUAGUUCAAGCUGAAAAACAGUGUUCCAUGUUGGACUUUGACCUUAAGCAAUCUCAGCAGAAACUGGAACACCUUCUUGAACAAAAAGAAAGACUGGAAGAUGAAGUAAAGAAUCUAACACUUCAGCUAGAACAAGAGACGAAUAAGCGAAUAAUGGCACAGAAUGAAUUGAAGGCACAAGCUUUUGAAGCAGAUAACUUGAAGGGUUCUGAGAAGCAGCUGAAACAGGAAAUCAAUACGUUGUUGGAAGCAAAGAGAUUACUGGAAUUCGAGUUGGCUCAACUUGCUAAACAGUACAGAGGAAAUGAAGGUCAAAUGCGUGAGCUUCAGGAUCAGCUUGAAGCUGAGCAGUAUUUUUCGACACUUUACAAAACUCGGGUUAAGGAACUGAAAGAAGAAAUUGAUGAAAAGAAUAAACAAACUCAAAGAAAAAUGCAGGAAUUGCAAAACGAAAAAGAAACGCUCACUACCCAGUUGGAUUUAGCUGAAACCAAAGCUGAGUCAGAACGGUUGGCACGAGCACUCCUUGAAGAACAGUAUUUUGAACUAAGUCAGGAAAGCAAAAAAGCAGCAUCAAGACACAGGCAAGAAAUGACUGAUAAGGACAGCAUCAUAAGAAGGCUGGAAGAAACUAAUAACACAUUAACCAAAGAUGUUGAUUUAAUAACAAAGGAAAAUUCAGAGAUCAGUGAAAAAAUUAAGAAACAGGAGGAAGAAUACAAAAUGAAAAAAGAGGAGGAAAUCAAUAAUAUUAGAAUGCAUUAUGAGAAGAGCAUUAACACUGAAAGAACUCUGAAGACACAGGCUGUCAACAAACUGGCUGAGAUAAUGAAUCGGAAAGAUUUUAAAAUAGACAGGAAGAAAGCUAACAUGCAGGAUUUGAGGAAGAAAGAGAAGGAAAACCGAAAGCUCCAAUUAGAGCUUAAUCAGGAAAAAGAGAAAUUCAAUCAGAUGGUAGUGAAAUACCAAAAGGAGCUCAAUGAAAUGCAAGCGCAACUAGCAGAAGAAUCUACGUACAGGAAUGAGCUCCAGAUGCAGCUGGAUAGUAAAGAGAGUGACAUAGAACAACUACGAAGGAAAAUUUUGGACCUCCAGCAAGGAAUGGAUUCUACCAGCGUUGCUAGUCUCCAGCCAGAUGAAACAGAUGGAAAUCUUUCAGAAUCAAGACUUGAAGGUUGGCUUUCAAUACCAAACAAAGGAAAUAUAAAGCGGCAUGGCUGGAAGAGACAG